ACAAUUCUGUCCACACGGCCACCCCAAGUGUAUUCCUCUUUGAUUGGUCUACAUAAAUCCUCCCCCCUCCUCGUCUCUCUUUAUCGAUUCCUUUUCAAACGCAGCGUAAACUUUUGCAGAAGGACACAGAUUCUUGUUAGAAUCAAUGGCUAAAGAAGGGGAAGUGAUUGCAAUUCACAGCGUUGAGGAAUUCGACGCGCAAGUACGCAUAGGAAAGGAAAUGAGUAAAGUGAUUGUGGUGGAUUUUACUGCUUCUUGGUGUCCACCAUGCCGCUUCAUAGCUCCAAUAUUCGCAGACUUGGCUAAGAAGAACCACCAUGCCAUUUUCCUGAAAGUGGACGUUGAUGAAGUUCAAGCAAUUGCUGCGAGGUUCGACGUUGAAGCAAUGCCGACCUUUGCUUUCGUGAGAGAUGAGGUGGAAGUUAGCUCUCACAAGAUCGUCGGUGCUGAAAAAGAUAGGCUGAUACAGUUGGUAUCUGAGUUGUGCGGUCCAGUUCCAUCAACUCCUAAGGCAUAAAUGGUCAGCUCGGAAGCUCAUUUUGCCUCUUAUUAUUAUGGUGCAUUGUUGAUGAUUCUGAUUUCGAGUUUUUUCAUGGAUUUCAUGACAAUAUGUCUGAGAUGUGUACUUGUUUAAUAAACGUUUGUAGAAUAAUAAAUAUACAAUAAGAUUUAAUAUAUAAAUUAGCUGUUUGAGCUUUUGAAUUAA